AUGUCUCCCACACUUCGUCUACAAGGUAAAGUCGCCAUCGUCACUGGUGGGGCAUCCGGAUUUGGCAAGGGCAUUGCGACCAAGUUUGUCGAAGAGGGCGCCAAGGUCAUUGUCGCCGACCUGUCGGCCGAGUCUGGGCAAAAGGUCGCAGACGAGCUCAAGUGCGAAUUCGCCGUGGCCGACGUGACCAAGCGCGAGGACUGGGAGCGCCUGCUCAAGCAGAGCCUCGACCAGUUUGGCCAGCUCGACAUCAUUGUCAACAAUGCCGGCAUGACGUACGCCAACAAGGCCACCGAGGACGUGACGGACGCCGACUUUGACCUUGUCAUGAAUGUCAAUGUCAAGUCCAUUUACCUCUCCACCAGUGUCCUUCUGCCGCAUUUUCUCGAGACCAAGAAGCCUGCGUGCUUUAUUCAGAUUGCCUCCACCGCCGGCGUGAGACCCCGUCCCCGGCUGACGUGGUACAAUGCAUCCAAGGCAGCUGUCAUAAAUGCUACAAAGACCAUGGCUGUCGAGUAUGGACCUCAUGGUAUCAGAUUCAACUCGGUUGCGCCCGUCGUGGGCACGACGGGCAUGACCCAUCUCUUCCUGGGUAAGCCCGAUACCGAGGAAAACCGAAAGGCGUUCAUCUCAGUCGUGCCACUUGGUAGGGGCUCAACACCUGCGGAUGUUGCAAAUGCAACUUGCUACCUGGCGAGUGAUGAGGCAUCUUUUAUCACGGGUGUCAAUAUCGAGGUCGAUGGUGGAAGAUGUGUUUAG